UAUCUGGUGGACGACACCAGCGUGGUGUCAUUGUGUAUGUUGACCAUUGCGUAACGGUACAUAAUGCAUAUGUUAAAUGUUUUGUAACAUUUACAGACGGUGACUCUCUCACUGGAACAAAACGGAAACAUGGAUAGAAAAUAUGUCAUUGCAAUUGCUGUGUGUGUGACUGUGGUAGUCGUCAUCGUCGCCAUCGUCGUUGUCGUCGUGGCUCUGUUAAUCAGACGUCGGAGGAGGGUUGUUUGUAGACGACAGCGACAACCACGACCACAAAGCUCAGUUUCUGCUGAGGACACGCUGCAAGUUAGGGCUGCAUAUAAUUACCGAAUCAGCCGCGAUGACAUCGUGGAAAGAUCAGGAAAAGACGACUUGGAGCUGAAAGGCAUUCAAGGUGAAAAAGUUAAAGCUGUGUGUCCCCCGACGGCGCCAGCUGGUGGAGUCGCUCCCCCGCGUCUCGAUCCCAUAUAACGUCGGGCCAAGCUCACCACCAGCAUCUACUGCACAGCACCUGCACAAUCAACUGUAUCAUGAACUGCAUAGACGUCAGACAUUGUCCCCAGUAUACCAAGAACUGCACCAAUGACACGUGUGUGUUGACACGUGACAACUGCUUGGACGUGACAUUUCACAUUGUAUGUGUGCAUAAUACAAAAGAUCAUGUUUUGAAUAGGUGCGUGUGAUGAUGGAUAAGUGUCGUGAAGUGACAACAGUGUCAGGCGUCAGCAAACUCGUCAUGACCUUUGACAAAUGAACGUGUGAUGGAACAGUAUGAAGGCACCCGAAGCUCAGAGACGUGAUAUGAUUUGACGACCGCCGGUCCAGAGCACUGGCUUGGGAAAUCCACACGCUGUUUGUGUAUAGCGACAACAAAGAAUGUGAUCGAUGUACUGUACGUGUGACCAGUUUCGAGAAAGGAUGUUGUCGAUGUACUGUAUGUGUGUCGAGUUUCGAGAAAGGAUGUUAUCGAUGUACUGUAUGUGUGUUGAGUUUCGACAAACUAUGUUAUCGAAGUACUGUACAUGUUUCGAGUUUCAAGAAAGGAUGUUGUCGAUGUACUGUAUGAGUGUCGAGUUACAACAAAGGAUGUUUUCGAAGUACUGUAUGUGUGUCGAGUUUCGAGAAAGGAUGUUAUCGAUGUACUGUAUGUGUGUCCAGUUUUUCGAGAAAGGAUGUUAUCGAAGCACUGUACGUGUGUCGAGUUUAGCAAAAGGAUGUUGUCGAUGUACUGUUUGUGAGUCCAGUUACAAGAAAGGUUAUUAUCGAUGUAUAAUGUUUGUGUGUGUGAGUGUGUUUGUGCGUGUAUGAGUGUGUGUGUGUGUGUGUGUGUGUGUUUGUGUGUAUAUGAUAUGAUAUUAUAAAAAUAUAUAUAUAAAUAUGUACCUGUUUGUUUUUUGUUUUUUUGUUUGUUUAGCGCCGCCUACAGCAAAAGACACUAUUCAGAGAACUUAUAGUAACCAAAGA